AUGAAAUCAAAAGAGCGGUUUUUGUCCCCAUCUCUCUUAUCGUUUUAUAAUGAUGAAAGUACUGAUAGCAUUGCAGACAUUCCUAAGCUGUUGGAAAAAGCAGAAAUAACGGAGAAAGAUCGAGAAGCAAUUUUGGAAAUGAUCAUGGAUAUUUCGGGAGCCAAAAAAGCAGUGGAAUUUGCAAUGGAUUUAUUCGAUAAAAGAAAGUGGUAUGGCUUAGAAGACAAAUUUUUUGAGGUAAAUUAUAAAGAUGCAUUAUUUUCUCGAAAUAAAAGAAUUCAGGUCACACAAAGGCUUGCUGACGUGUUUAAACUUUUGGAACAGACGCUGAAUAAACAUCAAACUAGUGAAAUCAAUAGCAAAGGAUUCACUUUCAUGGAAGUAGAACAGUACAAAAAGAUGCUAGCCGCUCACGGUACUUAUUACUUCCAUGGAGUAAACAACACUGAAGAAAUAGAAGUAGAACUGAGUCGAUACAAGCAACUAGAUGGACGGAAACGUGAAGAGAGUUUAUGGAACUGUAUUGAGACAAUAGCUAGAAAUAACAGUCAGAUUGCUGGAAAACGUAGAAGACGUGAUUUAGUCUCGAUAGCCAGCCCCUUCUUGCUCUCGCCUUAUAUGUUUUCUCCAGUUUUUGGUCUAACUAUCUUGGGUCCUGUGGUACUCUCUCCUAACAUCUUCAGUCCGCUGGUGUUCAACCCCUCACUGGUCAGUCCGUUCGUGCUGGACCCUGCAAUUGCAAUGCCCUUCGUGAUUAGUCCUUACAUCUUGUCGCCAUAUGUGUUGACUCCUAUGGUUAUGGCCCCAUUUAUUCUCAAUCCGUACAUUUUGUCUCCUAAUGUGCUUACUCCGUACGUGCUAAGUCCCGUCGUUCUUAGUCCAUAUAUCCUUUGUCCAGAUGUAUUAUCACCACAAGUUCUCGGUGGUGCUAUUUUGUCACCAAGCGUCUUCUCACCUGCUGUCGGUACGGAGAGCUUUCUAAUGGCAAAUAUUCUGUCUCCAACUUGGAUGUCAUGA